CCUUACCCUUUCCGAUCCCUCAUUUAUCCAUGAAAUGGAGGAGAUUUCUCAGUGCUCAGCGAAGUAAACAGAGUGGGUGGAGCAAGUUUGCUCACAUCCUGCUCAAGAUCACCUUUCUGCUACCACGCUAGAAGAGGUGGAGGAUGACAAAGGCUACGGGGACGUUGAGGAGCAUACAGAAGUUAUCACAGAGAACUCCCAUGACAUGAUCAGGAAAGUCCUCUGGUUGCAGAUCAUACCUUUCCUCAUUUCUGCUCUAACAUGUUGGGCCCGUGCGAGGAGAUGCAAGAUGAUCCCAUUGAAGAAAUUGCUUGGCGACUUGCUCUCCAAUCUGUUCUAGAAGAAGAAGAGCGAGCAAGGAUGAGGAAGGAAGUUGUGGAGGAGGAGGAAGAAAGCAAAGAAGAGGUAAUUCUUGAUCUUUUCCAAGGGGAGAGACCACAUUUUGAAGAAGGAAGGGAGGUUGAGGAAGCAAUUGGCGUCCUGGCUGAGGAUGAAGUUGAGGUGGAAGAGGCUUGCACCGGCCCUAUGUUACAUUUGAUAUCUCCACCAAACUUCGAGGAGCUGCUUGGCAAGGACCCAUUUGCAGUGUCUCUUUGCCAGACCAAGACCACAUCAACAUCAAUCCCUCUUGGUGGAUGCGAUGGUGGUCAAUAGAAUAUAUCUUAUCUGGUUUG